AUGCCUCCAAGUCGCCCGGCUACGACCGGUUACGAACGCCUGGCCCAAGCUGAUCAGUUUAGCGACGACGAUUCCGAAGAUGAUCCUUUAGCCCAGAGCUCCGCCUCGCUUCAACCUCAAUCUGCUCCUCGCUAUGUACCCCUCACACAACCGAGGCCUCACUCGGGCAUGACGUCGCCGAAGGCACUCACGAAACUCAAGUAUCAGACAAGGCGAAUGCGAAGCAACUCCGGUGUUGACCUCAAAGCCAUCAACGCUCGUUUAGAACGAUGGGCCGACGAAAUCGCAUCAAAGUUCAAGAGAGGCAAGGGGAGGGGUAAUUUAGGUGAAGAGGAGCGUCUCGAAAUUCAUUACAGCGUCUUCCAACCCCCUCAGGGUGUCCGACCCGCGACCCCCGAGACACUUGCCACCAUGCCCGAGCCCGCUAUGUCCAAGGCCGAGUUCGAAGCCAUCGUCGAGAGCGUGCAAGUCGCCAUUGACCAAGGUAUGCAUCCGAGUUUGAUCACGCAAGGUAGCUCAGGGAGUUAUUUUGCACGGAAUACCGACGGUAAGAUUGUUGGUGUGUUUAAGCCCAAGGAUGAAGAACCAUACGCUGCCGGAAACCCGAAAUGGAACAAGUGGAUUCAUCGAAAUUUAUUUCCUUGCUGUUUCGGUCGAGCAUGUCUAAUACCCAAUCUCUCAUACGUGAGCGAGGCAGCAGCGUAUGUUCUUGAUUGCCAACUCCGUACCCAUAUAGUCCCUUAUACCGAUGUUAUUUGGCUAUCAUCCAAAUCGUUUCACUAUCCGUAUUGGGAUCGCCGGAGCUUUUACAGGAAGAAGAAGCCUCUUCCAGCAAAGCCAGGGAGUUUUCAGGUAUUCCUUAAGGGGUUUAAAGAUGCCAACGUCUUCCUAAGGGAAAACCCCUGGCCGGACCAGUACUGGUCUAGCUUUCGCUCAAAUGACACUCACCGACAUAAGCAAAGAAGAUGGGCAGAAAGCUGUCGACCAUCUAGUAGAGCUCCUCGUGAUGCUGACAGCGAGAGCGAAGAUGAACAUAAUGGCCCUGAACAACAGCCUCUUGGCCCCGGCAACUUUAGGUGGACUGAGUCGCUGAAACAGUCGUUCCGGGAAGAGCUCGAAAAGCUUGUUAUUUUAGAUUACAUCAUGCGGAAUACGGAUAGAGGUCUCGAUAAUUGGAUGGUUAAAGUUGAUUGGGAAACCCAAGCAGUCUCGAUUACCUCCGAACCUCCACAACUUAAUAUGGAUGUAGGAGAAGAAGACGACGAGCAACCUGCAAGACCUGUGCAUUUACCAGCGAGGGGAAACUCAAGGAGUCCUAACCCCUAUAAAGCCCAAAAACCUAUGAAUGCAACGGGCACGAGCACAAGCACGAGCAAGGUCCCUGAUCCUAAGAUCUCCCUUGGAGCGAUUGACAACUCAUUAUCAUGGCCGUGGAAACACCCGGACGCAUGGCGAAGUUUCCCUUUCGGUUGGCUCUUCUUACCUGUUGAUCUUAUUGGGCGACCUUUCUCCCAGAAAACGCGAGAUCACUUCUUACCUCUUCUCACUUCUACGCAAUGGUGGAGCCAGACUUCGCUCGAACUACGAAAGGUAUUCCAAAUCGACCCCGACUUUCAGGAAAAGAUGUUCUCCCGGCAGAUGGCCGUAAUGAAGGGACAGGCUUGGAACGUUGUCGAAACGCUGAAAACUCCGGACCACGGCCCGCUGGAGCUUACACGAAGAGCUAGAGUAUGUGUUUGGGACGACUUGGUCGAAGUCCCCGUCGCUGUACCGAUGCGCGCUACAUCGUCUGAAGCGCGUCGUAGAGCCGAACCAGAGGCUCGCAGUACUAUCGAUGAGGAAAUGGACAUCGGCGCAGCCAUCUCGUCAGCACCUGCUAGUACCGUCGAUGACCUGCUUGGGUUCUCCAGCCCGCUACCAAACCCUGGGCGUUUCGAACUCGCCAGUUCCCACGAGCAGUCUCCAGAACGAGCAGAUCCCCAGAACCCAUUCGACGCUUUGUCAUCAAGCGCCCGUCCACAACUAUCGCGUCCCCCGAGGUCAAGCUAUCAGGGUCCGUCGCGCACGCAGAUGAACAUGUACAUGCCCCGCAAGGAGCGUCGGUACUCCUUUGCGACGGGUAUCAAUGGCAACUCGCUUACCGCGAAGCUCCAUGGUAACGGAAACGCUUACGACGAGGACGAUAUGGAAGGAGAUUUGGGAUACGCUGCGGCUGAAACGAUGGAUGGCAACAGGCGGAAGGUAAUUGUGGAGCGGCUCGAGACCGUCAAGGCUAGGAAUCCGGUGUUCACUUGGUGCUAA